AUGAAGCUGAAGCUACCAAAUCCGGGACUGGAUGAUCGGAUCCUCUCUCAUAGGGAACUGGAGAAGCUGGAGCUGGAGGAGGCAGGAGACAGACCCAAAUGGGACAAUAAAGCCCAGUACCUGCUCACCUGUGUGGGGUUCUGUGUGGGGCUCGGCAAUGUCUGGAGGUUUCCUUACUUGUGCCAAAGCCACGGAGGAGGUGCAUUCAUGAUCCCCUUCCUAAUCCUUGUGGUUCUGGAGGGAAUCCCGCUGCUGCACCUCGAGUUUGCCAUCGGUCAGCGCCUGAGAAAAGGAAGUGUGGGCGUGUGGCGGUCAAUUAACCCUUACUUGACUGGAGUUGGUAUAUCAUCGUUGAUGGUGUCCUUUCUGGUGGGCAUGUACUACAACACCAUCAUGGCUUGGAUCAUGUGGUACCUCUUCAACUCCUUUCAGGAUCCUCUGCCCUGGAGCCAGUGUCCGCUCAAUGCUAACCGCACAGGUCCAGUGGACGAGUGUGCGCGCAGCAGCACCGUAGAUUAUUUCUGGUACAGAGAGACCCUCAACACGACAGACUCCAUUGAGGAGAAUGGAGGUCUGCAAUGGUGGAUGGUGCUCUCCCUGAUUGCCGCCUGGACUGUGCUCUACGUCUGCUGCAUCCGCGGGAUCGAGACCAGCGGCAAGGCUGUGUACAUCACCUCCACUCUGCCGUACGUGGUUCUGACCAUCUUCCUCAUCAGAGGGCUCACUUUGAAAGGUUCCGUGGCAGGACUCAAGUUCCUCUUCACACCAGAUGUGAAUGAGUUGAUGAAUCCAGCAACGUGGUUGGAUGCCGGUGCGCAGGUGUUCUACUCCUUCUCCUUGGCAUUUGGCGGUCUCAUCUCCUUCUCUAGUUACAACUCUAUCCACAACAACUGCGAACAGGAUGCCGUUCUCAUCUCUAUCAUCAACGGCUGCACAUCGGUGUACUCGGCCACCGUCAUCUACUCCAUCAUUGGCUUCAGGGCCACAGAAAAAUAUGAAGCCUGCAUCGACGGCAACAUCCUGAAAUUGAUAAACGCCUUCGACUUACCCGAGAGCAACAUCACAGAGAGCAACUACGACAACAUGCUUCUGUACCUCAACCAAACCAAUUCAGAUGUUGUUCAAAACUUGAAAAUACAGCCAUGUGAUAUGCAGUUCUUCCUCAGUCAGGGGGUGGAAGGAACAGGUUUGGCCUUCAUUGUCUUCACAGAGGCCAUCAUAAAGAUGCCCGUUUCGCCGAUCUGGGCCGUGCUCUUCUUCAUCAUGCUCUUCUGCCUCGGUCUAUCGACUAUGUUUGGAAACGUGGAGGGAGUAGUCGUACCGCUGCAGGAUCUGAAAUUGUUCCCCAAAAAAUGGCCAAAAGAGCUUUUCUGUGCUGUGAGCUGUUUUAUCUCUUUUUCAUUCGGCAUCAUAUUCGCCAUGCGCUCCGGAAACUAUUGGUUGGCUCUUUUCGACAAUUUUGCUGGUUCCAUUCCUCUUCUGGUCAUCGGGCUUUGUGAGAUGGUUUCCGUUAUCUACAUUUAUGGCAUAGAUAGGUUUAACAAAGACAUUGAGUUCAUGAUUGGACACAAGCCCAACAUCUUCUGGCAGGUGACCUGGAGGGUGGUUAGCCCGCUCAUCAUGGUCUUCAUCCUGGUGUUUUACUUCGUAACGCAGGUCACAAAGUCUCUCACGUAUUUGACCUGGAACCCAGAGUCGGAGAGCUUUCCCACACUUGAAGUGCGUCCCUACCCUAGCUGGAUCUCUGGUAUUGUUUUUGUCCUGGCCGGCGUUCCCAGUUUAGUCAUCCCAGCAGUGGCCCUUUUCAAAUUCUUGCAAAGGAAAUGCUGCAAACGGAAGGACAACAGUGAUGACACAGUGAACACAAUCUCUGCCCAAAUUCAAAUAACUGAUAAAAUGAAGUAUUAG